UCAACUCAACUCAACUCAAACUCAAUGCAGGCAGCCUGCACCUUUUAGCUGGAGGGAGAGCCCACGGAGAGUUCAGUGUCGAGAGCCUGGGCGAUAUCAGCGCAGAGCGGCCUCUGGUCCCUGGGCCGGAUAGAUGAUUAACCAGCACAAACUGCGAUAGAAGAAUGAAUCAGAGCCAGAGGAGCCAUGGCUGCCUUGACAUGGAGACGGACCGUGAUUUGUGUUAGUGGAUUUUGGGGGGCUACGGAGCGGGGUGGCCAACUAAAGUCUGGGUAGGCGUGAGUGUGACUUUGUUUGACUUAAGUUUCACAGGUAGCUUUCUGUGCAGUUGAUUGAGACGUCAUUAUUGUGUCAAAGCCACCGUUUCCUCAGUUAUUUCCUGUUGAGUUCCUGUUAAAACCCAUAGCUUUCCGAGGAGACCUGCAUCUUUACUCUUUCACAGAGGACUGGGUUGUAAAUAAUAAGUGUUAGUUGUUUGUUCCCCGAUUGUAUACUUCAUCAUGUCUGAGAACACAGAAGAGAUCAUAGAUGAGGAUGAGAAGAAUUGGAAAUUGCUUGAACCUUCCCUUUCUGUGAAGGUCUUCCUUACAGUGCUCUACAGUAUCAUCUUAGUUCUGGGCAUUAUUGGCAACAGCGUGACCAUUCAGACCACAAAUGUUCUAAGGCGCAAAGGGUACCUGCAGAAGAAUGUGACAGACCACAUGGUGAGCCUGGCGAGCUCGGACCUGCUGGUUCUGCUCAUUGGUAUGCCGGUCGAGCUCUACAGUGCCAUAUGGAACCCCUUUAAGUCCGAAUCGGGGGAUGCCUCUUGCAAGAUCUACAACUUUCUGUUCGAGACAUGCAGCUACGCCACCCUCCUGAACGUGGCCACGAUGAGCUUCGAGCGCUUCAUGGCCAUCUGCUACCCAUUCCGCUACAAGUCGCUGUCCGAGAGGCGCACAGGCUUUCUCAUCCUCUUCGCGUGGCUGACCUCGGUGCUGGUGGCCCUGCCGUUGCUUUUUGCCACAGGAAUGCAGGGACACGUCCGUGAGAGGGACGGCCAGGUCGCUCAGAACCUGACCUUCUGCACCAACCUGUCGGAGCACUGGGUCAUGUACAGGACCAGCAUCUCGGUGGCGUUUGUGGUGUAUGUCGUGGUGCUGGCCUUGGUGGCGUUCAUGUGCCGGAGCAUGAUCAAGGUGAUCAAGCAGGCGGCGGGGAACGUGGCCAAGGCUGAGAGUGCACAGGUCAAAGCCGCCAGGAAGCAGACCAUCGUCUUUCUGGGCUUGAUAGUCUUAGCAUUGGUCAUCUGUUGGUUCCCAAACCAGGUUCGACGCCUCAUGUCUGCCGCCCGCCCGAAAGAACAUUGGACAAAGGAUUAUUUACUUAGCUAUGUGACUCUGCACCCCAUAGCGGACACCUUUUUCUACCUUAGCUCCGUGAUCAACCCUUUUCUCUACAACUUGUCGUCGAAGCAAUUUCGCACAACAUUUGUCCAGGUGCUCCUGUGUCGCCCUACCUUGGAACAUGCGAACCGCAGGGUUCUGUCAACACCCUGGACACCCAAGUCGUCGAUGCUACCCCUUGUGCCAAAGUCACAGCGCCAAAAAAAAUCUUCAGGUGAAACCCCGAAGAAAGAGGAGCCAUGCAACACAGUACAGACUGACAGUGGUGUCAUUGUGUCGAGCUCUGCCUGCUUAUCACACCAAGAAGGUGUUGAGUUGCAGCAUGGAGCUUCACAUUUAGGCAAGUGGGAAAGUGAGAUUUAAACAUAAGUGAACAAAAAUGAACUUGUCAUGAUGCACACUUUGCGUGGCCAGUGUUUAACAUUUCUAAUAUUUGUCUGGAUUUAAAAUGUUGAUGAUAUUGUAUUAUGCAUAUAUAUAUUAAUGUGGAGUUUUGAUUAAAUAUGACGUUUGUAUUGUGA